CCCUGCUGGGGUGAGAACACCACCGCAAAGAUGAAGCUGGCAAAGUGGUGCUGGCUGAGCUCAGCUGUCCUCGCUGCUUAUGGUGUUUUGGUUGUAGCAAACAGUGAAACAGAGGAAAUUAAAGAUGAAACAGCCAAGGACGCCUGCCCAGUGAGACUAGAAAGCAGAGGGAAAUGCGAGGAGAGAGGCGAAUGUCCCUACCAGGUGAACCUGCCCCCGCUGACGAUUCAGCUCCCGAAGCAGUUUGGCAGGAUCGAGGAGGUUUUCAAAGAAGUCCAGAACCUCAAGGAAAUCAUAAGUAGCCUGCAGAAAUCUUGCCAAGAUUGCAAACUACAGGCUGACGACAACCGAGACCCAGGCAGGAAUGGACUGCUCUUACCCAGCACAGGAGCCCAGGGAGAGGCUGGGGACAACAGAGUGAGAGAAUUAGAGAGCGAGGUCAACAAGCUGUCCUCUGACCUAAAGCAUGCAAAGGAGGAGAUCGACGUGCUUCAGGGUCGCCUGGAGAAGCUGAAUCUUGUAAAUAUGAACAACAUAGAAAAUUAUGUUGAUAGAAAAGUGGAAAAUCUAACAUUUGCCGUCAAUAGUUUGGAUGGCAAAUGUUCAUCUAAGUGUCCCAAUCAAGAACAAAUACAAUCACGCCCAGUUCAACAUCUAAUAUAUAAAGAUUGCUCUGACUACUACACAAUAGGCAGAAGAAGCAGUGAGACCUACAGAGUUACACCAGAUCCCAAAAAUAGUAGCUUUGAAGUUUUCUGUGACAUGGAGACCAUGGGGGGUGGCUGGACAGUGCUGCAGACGCGUCUCGAUGGAAGCACCAACUUCACCAGAACAUGGAAAGACUACAAAGUGGGCUUUGGAAACCUCAGAAGAGAAUUUUGGCUGGGGAAUGAUAAAAUUCAUCUUCUGACCAAGAGUAAGGAAAUGAUUCUAAGAAUAGAUCUUGAAGACUUUAAUGGUGUCAAACUCUAUGCCUUGUAUGAUCAGUUUUAUGUGGCCAAUGAGUUUCUCAAAUACCGUUUACACCUUGGUAAUUAUAAUGGCACAGCUGGAGAUGCUUUACAUUUCAGUAAACAUUACAACCAUGAUCUGAAGUUUUUCACCACCCCAGACAGAGACAAUGAUCGAUAUCCCUCUGGGAACUGCGGGCUCUACUACAGUUCAGGCUGGUGGUUUGAUGCAUGUCUUUCUGCAAACUUAAACGGCAAAUAUUAUCACCAAAAAUACAGAGGUGUCCGUAAUGGGAUUUUCUGGGGCACCUGGCCUGGUAUUAGUGAGGCACACCCUGGGGGCUACAAGUCCUCUUUCAAAGAGGCCAAAAUGAUGAUUAGACCCAAAUAUUUUAAGCCAUAAAUCACUAAUGCUCAUUCCUCUGGUAAUUCAUAUCUAAUACGGCAAUUAAUUCCUUCAGCACUUUGGAAUAUGUUUCGUACUCCUUUUCCACGGCUAAAAACUUACCUCUGAGCAGUGGGUUCUUAUGCUACACAGCAUUUGAAAUAAAGCUGAAAAAUA